UGACAAUAGUGAAGACAAAUAUGAAGAAGACUAUUCAAAUAAAGAUGAAUAUAGCAAAAAAAAUUAUGACAACAAAAAUAGUAAAGAAGAAAUAGAUUAUGAAGGGAACGAAGUAAUAAAUAAUCAAGAAUGGAGUACAGUAGAAAUAAAUAAAAGUGAGAUAAAAUACAAACAAGAGGUUGAUGCAAUAUCCCUUUCUCAAGAUAAAGUCUACUUAGUGGAUAAUGUUGUAGCUAUUCAAAAAGCUAUAGAAAACCCAGAAGAAGAAAAUGGCUCUGAGCAUGUAAAUGUUGAAGAGUCAUCUGACUUAGG